AUGAUUGUCCAGGUGAAAGAUCAUAGAGGCAAUAAGACAAACAACUCUUCAUCUGGCUCUGAGUCGAAAGGAACAAAUGUUCCUCUGUCGAUACAUAAUUAUGAACAAUGGGUGACGCCCUCCCCGUACAUGCCGUUUCCUGAGCAGAAACGACCAGAAAAUGACCCGAAGGAUGCUUCUAUCCCCAGCACUCAGUUAUCUUCUUCUAAGGAGAAAGACAAGUCUCACGAGCCAAAAAUCUACACCGUGGUUCUCUUCCCAACUGCUCAAUCAAUACAAGAAGAGGCUUUCAUUCAGGCAAAUACACCCGAUGCCAGGCAAGGGAACCGCAAAGGGCAAGGCACAAAUGUACCACGGACACCAGCCUCCGGGACUGUACCACCAACCCCCCUUUCCGCGAUUCCUCCAACACCAUCUGCUUCAGUCCCUCCGGCCAAGAGACAGAAGAUGUCAAUAUCUGGCGCCGAAAUUCAAGGAUUCGAAAGCAAAAUCAUUGCAGCAACCGCUCCGCCCUUGUUCCUAGAUCCUGUAGCUGAUCUUGGUCAAGCAAAUGAGGUUCUAGAAAGUUUGACCGGUCCUUUGCAUAGAGAGAAGUUGCCAUCCCCAAAGACUAGAAAACGAACGGUUGCCGAAUUAGCGGCCGAUGAGAGGAUUGCUGCUCAGGAACAAGCCUUUAUGCUGAUUAUGGACGAAAAGGCCAACACCGCUGGCAAGUCAGGAGCAAAUGAUGAAGAUGGUGCCGCGCCAUUUGAGCCGAGCUUCGAGACUCUGAAUGCCAUCCAAAACAUCAAAAACCACCACAAUGAACGUGCCCGCUUGAUUGCGCAGCAACAGAAGAAACACGAAGUUGAAAUGAAGCGUCUCGAGCAGACAGCAAAGGUAAACCGUCAGCACAAGGACUUUAUGGAUCAGCAAGAGAUGCAGCAAAAGAAAGCAAUGGCGCUAAAACGACAGAACGAUCUUGUGCAGCGGCAGCGUUUAACCCAGAACACAAUGGCCCAUGCCCAGGUGAAUGGGAGUAUGCCAAAUGGUUAUCCGCCUGGUCCUCAGUCGCCACCAAUGCAACGCAUUGGCACACCUCACAGCAACCCCUCACCUACCCCCGGACAAGCAAUGGGAUCACAAAUUGGUGGCGUGCCAAUGCAACAUACCUCCUCCGGACAAGGAAGCAGUCCUGGUCGGCCUCCAUCAUCGAUGCGACAGAGUCACCCUGGGGCUGCUGUACAAAUGUUACGUGAUCAAAGCAGGCAGAACCCCAGUCGUACCAGUACCCCGCCAAUGAAUGGAACUCCGCAUAUGGCCAACGUUACUCCCAGCAUACCUCAUUCAACUCCAAUCAUUGGACAAGGCACCCCCGUCUCUAGAAUGUCGCAGGCUAGUCCACCAAAUGUCAUGCAGACAUCCAUAGGCCAACCUAUGAACGUGCCGCAAGGAAUGUCUACGGAACAGUAUACCAAUUCGAUGCGAGAAAAUCAGAGACAACAAGCUGCUUUCCUUCAACAACAACAGGCGAUGCACAAUCAACAGCAGCGCGCUGCGAUGCAACAGCUUCAGAUGCAACAGAACGGCCAAAUGUCCCCUCAAGGCACGGGGGCACACAACAUGCAACAACAGAUUGCGAUGCAGCAACGGCAAGCUGCAAUGCGAGCUGCACAGAACGCAGCAGCGGCUGGCAUGCAACAACACCAAGGCAUGCCGAACGGUGCUUCCCCAGGUAUGCCUCAGCAUCAGAACCCUGGCGCAAACCAUCUAGGACAACAACAACCUAACCAACCACGUCCGAUUGCGCAAGUUCCUCAACAGCAAGGUUCCAACGCCUUUCAGCAGCAUCAGCAAAAAGUCUUUCAACAGGAAUUGCAGCGGGUCAUGUUUCAAAUUACUCAACAAAAUGGAGGAAAUCCGCCUGUACUCAAUCAGCAGCAAAAACAGCAAGCCCAGGCCCGUGCGAUGGACCAGACCAAUGCUAUCAUCCAACGUAUGAAAUUAGAUAACCACAACAAGAGUAUACAAAAUCAACAGCAGGCGCAGAUUGAAAACACGCGUAGAAUGAUGGGUCAGCGUCAACAGGGUGGCAUGCCAAUGGGACAAGGUAUCAAUGGAAUGGGCAAUCCGCAGAUGGCAGGAAUGAGACAAGGUCAACAGAUGACGAGGGAAAUGGCGGCGCAAUACGCGCAAAUGCAGCAUUUUGCCAAUUCAGCGAACAUGAAUGGGAUGGGCGGUAUGAAUGGAAUGAAUGGGAUGCAGUGA